GAUUCUUAUUAUGAACCAACAAAUUACCAACCUACGAACCAAAAUAAUUCGUUAUGCAAUAAUGUCCCAAACUCACAUGCCUACCAAAACCUCCUCCAUCUUCUUCCUCUUCUUCUUCUUCUUCUUCCUCACCAAUGCCGGCGGCGGAAUCCACACCCCCACUCCACCACUCCCCAUUCUCCCUCUACCAGCAUUCUCACAGCUCAAAUGGCAGCAGCGUGAGAUCAUCAUGUUCCUCCACUUCGGCGUCAACACCUUCACCGACUCCGAGUGGGGCUCCGGCCACGAGCCCCCCUCCAUCUUCAACCCCACCGCCCUCAACGCCGCCCAGUGGGCCGACGCCGCCGCUCAGGCCGGUAUCUCCCUCAUGAUCCUCACCGCCAAGCACCACGACGGCUUCUGCCUCUGGCCCUCCAAAUACACCGACCACUCCGUCGCCGGAAGCCCCUGGAAGAGCGGCGCCGGAGACGUCGUCAAGGAAUUCACCGCCGCCGCCGCCGCCCGCGGCAUCGACGCCGGCCUCUACCUCUCCCCCUGGGACCGACACGACCCUCGAUACGGCCGUGUUGACCUCUACAAUCAGUACUAUUUAGCUCAACUCCAAGAACUCCUCGCCGAAUAUGGUGGGAACGUAAGAGAAAUUUGGUUCGACGGGGCAAAGGGGUCCAAUACCCCAAACAUGACCUAUUAUUUCCAAGACUGGUUUUUUAUGGUGAAGGAACUUCAGAGCUCCAUAAACAUAUUUUCCGACGCCGGACCCGACGUCCGGUGGGUCGGCGACGAGCAGGGCUUCGCCGGCAAGACCUGCUGGUCGACAAUCAAUUCCACGUCGCUCUCAAUUGGGAAUGCCUCCAUUGUCUCUUAUCUGAACACCGGCGAUCCAAAAGGGACUAAUUGGAUGCCGCCGGAGUGUGACGUGUCGAUCCGAAAGGGAUGGUUUUGGCACAAAUCCGAGUCGCCGAAGAAACUGUCGGAGCUUCUCGACAUCUACUACAAGUCCGUCGGAAGAAACUGUCUUCUUCUACUCAAUGUCCCGCCAAACACCGCCGGUCUGAUCUCCGACUCCGAUGUUCAAAGAUUAAAGCAGCUUCGACAAGCCAUCGACACCAUUUUCAGCGCAAAUUUAGCUCGAAACUGCAUAGUUCGAUCGAGCAGCCAACGAGGGGGUGCGAAUGGACCUUUCGGGCCUAACAAUGUGCUCGACGACGAUCACUUGUGGACAUACUGGGCGCCGAGUGAGUCGGAGAAAAAAGACUAUUGGAUUGAGGUGAAAGCAGGGGAUGGACAGAGGAUUGGAACAUUCAAUGUUGUAAGAAUUCAAGAAGCCAUCGGAUUAGGCCAGAGGGUAAUGAAACACGAAGUGUACGCCGACGGGGUUUGCGUCGCGAGGGGGAGCACCGUAGGGUACAAGAAGCUUCAUAGAUUGGGAAUCCAUGGAGGUGUGACUGCAGCAACAUCUGUGAAGAUCAAGAUUCUUAAGUCUAAAGGGAUCCCUUUGAUUUCUUCUCUAGGGCUGCAUUUUGAUCCGUUUUGGAAGCCUAAGGUUGCUCUAACUUGAUUCAUUUGCAAGAAAGAAACUUAUAGAUAUGUCGAAAUGUUCGAUACAUGUCUUUAGAGUGUAAGGAAGUGUUCUUCUUUGUUGUGUGAUCCA